CAGUGGCCUGACGUCCUUACGUUCUGCUUCCUGUGAGAGGCGUCUGAGAUGGAAGAGUGGGAAAAGUAUGGGCUGGACAAGCGAGUGGAUUAUGACAACCUAGGGCGCGUCUUCGAGAGGAUGGAUCUCAAGAAAGACGGCAAGAUCGACGUCCAAGAGCUGACUCAGGCGUACAAGAAUCUCGGGUACCAGCCGCGGAAGAGGACGGAGUACGGGCUGUCAGAGGUGGAAGACAUCAUCUGGGAAGUGGACGAGGACGCUAACGGGUGGAUCGACUGGGACAACUUCGUCCAGCUCUACGUGCGAUGCCGAAAGGACAGGACGGGCCAAGAGCCGACACGACUUUACAACCUGAUAGAGUUCAUGGUGUGCGACAAGGAUGGCGGAGGGACGAUGAGCGAAGACGAGUGCAUGGAAAUCCUUUACCAUCGCUAUGGCAAGGAGGUGAUGGGGAAGCUGACAGAUCAGUUGUUUGGUAAGAGCGUACAGGAGACAGAGAAAGAAUUCUCCUUCGCUGAGUUCCUGGACCUGGUAGAUCCUUACAACGGCAUCUUGACGCACAGCAAGAGGCAAACAUAACCAGAGCUUCAACAUUUAAUUGCGAACUUAACAGACAUGAACGUUUGAG